AUAGUAGCCUCUGGCAAUGGUUCCCAACAGGGGUGUGGCUUUGAAUGUCUCCUGUGGAGGAAGAUCAGGAAACACCUGUGGCUGAGGAGCUGUGGGAUUGGACCAGGAAGGGCUGUGGUGCAGUGAAGUGGUCUGUGCCUGGUGCCCCCUAGAUGGUGCCGAUAACAGGAGAAUGAACCUGACUGCCUUGUAACGCCUGAGAUGCUGGACCCUGAUUGGAGUCAGCAGUGUGGAGUGGUGCUUGUUCUGACUGCAGGCUUGGCACAGUGCUGAAGAGACACAGAAGGGUGUUAGUGCUGUGCUGGUUGGCCACUGCACAGCAAGGGAAAUGGCUCAGUACAAUGUGGGGAUCAACAGCGAGUUCAGAGAUUGGGAGUGGAGUGCAGAUGCUGGGGAGCGGGCAAGGCUGCUGCAGAGCCCCAGUGUGGAGACUGUGCCCAAAAGCAGUGAGGGGCAGGAACAUGGCACAGGGGCCACCUCUACCCUGGGAGCCAUCUUCAUUGUGGUGAACGCUGCUCUGGGGGCCGGGUUGCUCAACUUUCCUGCGGCCUUCAGCACAGCAGGCGGAGUGGCAGCAGGGAUCACGCUGCAGAUGUGCAUGCUGGUUUUCAUCAUUGGAGGCCUGGUCAUCCUGGCCUACUGCUCACAGGCCAGCAAUGAGCGGACAUACCAGGAGGUGGUGUGGGCUGUGUGUGGCAAGGUCACUGGUGUGCUCUGUGAGGUUGCCAUUGCUGUCUAUACCUUUGGCACCUGCAUUGCCUUCCUUAUCAUCAUCGGGGACCAGCAGGACAAGAUCGUUGCUGCAUUGGUGACGGAUCCAGAGGGGGCAGACAGUAGCCACUGGUACACAGAUCGCAAGUUCACCAUCAGCAUCACUGCCUUCCUGCUGAUUCUGCCCCUCUCCAUCCCAAAGGAGAUUGGCUUCCAGAAAUAUGCCAGCUCCCUCAGUGUGAUUGGGACCUGGUAUGUCACAGCUGUUGUCAUCUUCAAAUACAUCUGGCCGGACAAGGAGAUCAAGCCAGGGCAGAUCCCCACAAGCCCUUCCACCUGGAUGGCUGUGUUCAACGCCCUGCCCACCAUCUGCUUUGGAUUCCAGUGCCAUGUGAGCAGCGUGCCUGUCUUCAACAGCAUGAAGCAGCCUGAGGUGAAGACCUGGGGGGCUGUGGUGACGGCAGCCAUGGUUAUUGCUCUCUUUGUCUACACAGGGACAGGUGUCUGUGGCUUCCUGACCUUUGGAACAACUGUGGACCAAGACAUUCUCCUCACCUACCCCUCCAACGACAUCCCAGUUGCCAUUGCUCGUGCAUUCAUCAUCCUGUGUGUUCUGACGUCCUACCCCAUCCUGCACUUCUGUGGCAGGGCUGUGAUAGAGGGUCUCUGGCUACGCUACAAGGGGGAAACAGUGGAGGAAGAUGUAGUGCUUGAGAGGCGCCGGCGUGUGUUCCAGACAGUCAGUUGGUUUCUCCUGACUCUUCUCCUGGCCUUGUUCAUCCCCGACAUUGGCAAGGUCAUCUCUGUCAUUGGGGGCCUGGCCGCCUGCUUCAUAUUUGUCUUCCCAGGACUAUGCUUGAUUCAAGCCAAACUUUCUGAAAUCCAGGAAAGCAGAUCAACCAGCUGGUGGGCACUGGUCAGCUAUGGGGUGUUCAUGGUCACCCUUGGAGCCUUCAUCUUUGGACAGACCACUGCCAAUGCCAUCUUUGUGGAUAUGAUGGCCUGACUCCUUUCCACUUGCUGGUUGAUGCUGUCACCUUUGGGAGGAAAGGGAGUAGCUUUUUCUUUGAGCCAAAAUGGAAAGGAAAAAACUGAUUCAACUUCUGUUGUUUCCAAAAUACUAGUAUAAGUGGAUCUUCUUCCUCUUCAGCUGGGAUAUCAUUAGACUGUUUUACUGGGGACUCCCUACAGUGUUCAUGUUUCAUUGUCUAAUGUACCAAGUCAGACUUAUUCUUUAGCUGCUAUCAUCAUGGUGAAGACCUUGUAUGUUUGCCAAGAUUCACUAUAAGUAGAGCUCAGACACUGUUGUGGUAGUGCACACCAUCAUGAUGACAUCAUGACAGAAGGUUUUGAGAAGAACAUGCCUGUUUUAGGCAGGAGACCAUGUUACUUCAUACAGAGCAUCUUUGGCUGAAGAGACCAGAUUCCUCCCAUAGCUUUAAAGGAGCUUAACCGCCCUGUUCUGAUGGCAAAAUUCCUAGGGAAAUGAUGUAAAGGGAACUAUACCCAUGUUUUAACAUUAUACAUAGAUCACUUUCAGGUUUUUAGCUUUGUGUAAGAGAACCCCAGUACAUUUUCUGUAGGAAAUAUAUUUGUACUGGUGACCAAAUACAGAUGAGUGAUCUUUCUCACAGCUGUGCAGAAAAGGAAUGAUCCACAUCUGCCUCAUGAGAGCUGUGCUGUGGUGAAAAGUCUCAAAAGACUGGGGAACAGGUCUAUCAGGUGAGCUGGCAAAAAGGAAUGCUCUUUAAUCCAGCUCAGGGCAAUCACAUUAAAUAGGGAACUCUGCUAAUCUGCUUUCUCUAUGGCUUGACUAGUCUAUCCAGCUAUCCAUCUGGGAAAGCAUUCUGUCAUAUCCAUUUCUCUUCAGUGCUUGUUUUUCAACCUGGCUUUCUCAUCUGUUGUUUUCCAGUCCAGUUUCUAGUGCACAUGGGGAAAUGACUUCUACACUUGCUUCUCAUUGGUUUACAUUUUUUUUUUUAUUUGAAGGUGCUACUGGGAUUGGCUGCUUUUGUCCUAAGCAUGAGUUUGCUUCAUUAGCAUUGUGUGGAAGCAAGGCCAGGGAAGACGCAAAACAAGCCUGUGCUGACAGGCCCUGGAGUAGCAACAAAGCAGUGUAAUGUUUACAAAAUAGAUGCUGGCCUCUUCUUCCAGUGUGGGGCUUGAUCACUCUUAAGUUCAGGUGCCGUGACUCCAUGUCUGUCGAUUCUGGUUAAGUGCUUUUUGGAGACUUCCAUGUCAAAUCUGUUCUUCCAGUAUGGAUGUUAGUCAGCUAGGGCUGGGUGAGAGGGCUGAAUUUUAGGUUUAAAAGAACACUUUUCAGAUAAAUAAUAGCUUAAUGAUCUACAUCUCGGGACUUUUUAAACAUGUAACAUUACAGUUUUACUCAUGGCUGUUUAUACUAAUCACUGUAUUUCUCUCAGCCUGGACAAGUCUGUUUCACUACAGUUUUGAGGCAGUUUUUACUCUGAGCCCUUUGUGGGUGAGCAGUUUUCUGGGGCACAAAGCUAUCCUCCUUGGGAUCUAUAAACUUCUCAGACUUUUCUGUCUUUUUUUCUUUUUUUUCAAAAGUAAACUCUGGGGUUUUGUUUAGUAUAAAACCUAAAGGGGUCAAGGGAAUUUUAGGGUAUGUUUUAGUGUCGCCGAACUCUUAAAGGGACCUGUAUGUUUCUCUGGAUGUUUGUUCCUUCUCAAGAGCACCAAACUACUCUGACACAGACUUGCAGUGUUGCAACAUGGUGUGUGCAGCCUGUGCAUUGUAACAGUCUGUUAAUCAUGUGUUUCUGUUCUCUGAAUGGAGAGGGGAAGUGGGAAGGAGGGGCUUUCCAGUGGAAAUAUUUGAUUUUUAUUUUAUUUUUUUGUAUAAAAGUUGCUCUUUACAAAUGUU